UGUCUGAUACCACCAUUGACCACUUUGUUCUUCCCAAACUCUUUGCAUUAUGAGCAUCCAGAACUAUAGCAUCAUAGCAGUUGUGAAUCCAUGCAGUGCACACAGUUACAUUCAUUUUUUACUUUAGACCAAGAAAAGGACUUUUGAAAUGAUCAGAAUUUAUCAGUAAACUGGAACUUUUGGAAAAAAAAUUUUAACAGAUACAAUACAGAUAUCUUUGACUGGUCAGUAACGUUUGUGCCCCCCAAAAUAACUAAAUCCCUAUCUUAAUUACGUUUUUCUUCAUUUGAUGUCCGUUGCCAGGGCAACGAUCAUCCCCUGCCUUGCGUCCGGCCCGUCACGUGAUGGCACGUUUCGCUCCUCUUUGUUCGUCACUCACCACGUCGCUGCCUCCGCACAUCCGAGAGGGUUAAAAGGAGGAGAAGUAGGUGCAUCACAGAUUAAUCCCCCCCGUGCUAACGUGAGACUGCCCCCCGCUCCCUUUGCCCCCCACGUGCCAUCAACAGAUCGCAUCGUCAUCAUCAUGAGGAAGGUGGCGGGCGGACACUUGUUGUGCUUCGUCCUGCUGGCGUCCCCGCUGUGCUGGGCAGAGGACACGCAGAGAGACAAGAGGAGUGAGAACAGCACGGUCUGUAGCCAAGUGAAGACCAGGGGACUGUUUGCGAGAAAAAAGAUCGCGGCACCGCAGAAAAGUCACACAAACAAAAGUCAGUCAAGCCUCAUGCCACCAGCACGCCGCUGCGGCCGCCUGAUGGGGAGCUGCUCCACCCACGUCCGCUGCUGUGACCCGUGCGCUUCCUGCCGCUGUAGACUCUUCAACACCAUCUGUCACUGCUGGAGGAUGAACCCCCUUUGCUUACAGAAGACGUAGAUGAAGCACAAACACGCGCAGUGACAGACAUGUGCAAGCAAAGAAAUGCUCUCACAGUACACUACCGUGGAUAAUAUUACUGAACGCUUAUUUAUCUUGUAUCUUCAGUUGGGACGUUGACACUCAAUGAAAUAAUACUGUUCUAAGACACAAAUAACAAAUACUCACAUAAGCGAAUAUAACAUACAUACUGUAUGUUUGGUAUUUGAGUAUUCAAAUGUCAAACAUACAGUAUGUAGGUGUAACAAGGGAUUAGGGAAAUAUGCUUUUUCAUGUAUGUAGACAAAUGUAAACUACCUAUAGUGCCUUUGCUAUUUCCUGCACUAUUGCUGCUUUUCUUUGUUAUUAUCACUUUUGCUCUCAAGCCACGUUAAACACCCGGGGAAAUAUAAUAACCAGAUAAACAUCUUUGUUUAAGUUGGUUCCCUACAGACUAGAUGUGAAAAAAUAAAAGCGUCAUAUGUUUUGAGUUGGAAUCAGAUAAAACCCAGACUUUUCUGUUCCAAUAUAAAAUAUUCCUCGAAAUGUGGAAUCGCUGUGUGGAUUCCUGAGUUAAACUUUGAAUGUUAAUGCUAUUUAAUAAAUAUAUCAUAAGCAUAUAUAA